CAAACACAACCUUCAAAAUCAACCACCAAAAAGCCAGCCUAGCUAGCUAGCUAAACCUUAAUUUUUAGUAUUCCAGAAAGUACUACUGAUCCAAAUUCAAACCAAAACCUAUACAAAACCAUUACAUAUACUACUAUAUCAUAUCAUAUCCCUUCCCUUCCCUUCCCUUCUCAGUAAAUCCACCUCUUGAUCAGCAUAACCAAUGGAACAAACACCCCACCUAGCAAUCCUCCCAACUCAAGGGAUGGGUCACCUCAUCCCACUCGCCGAGUUCGCCAAGCGACUCCUCCUAACCCACAACUUCUCAGCCACCUUCAUCAUUCCAACUGACCCCGGCCUUCUGCCCGCCGCCCAAAAAUCCUUCCUCGAUUCCCUUCCCACCGGUAUAAAUUACCUCCUCCUCCCUGCCGUUAACUUGGACGACUUGCCUGACGACAUCAGGGCCGAGACUAGGAUCUCCCUCACCAUGGUCCGCUCUCUCCCCUCUCUCCGAGAUGCUUUGAAGUCGUUGGUUUCCAGUUUCCGGGUUGUUGCUCUGGUCGUUGAUCUUUUCGGCACCGACGCGUUUGACGUAGCGGUCGAGUUCAACGUCUCUCCUUAUAUAUUCUACCCGUCCACUGCCAUGGCUUUGUCGUUGUUCCUUUAUUUGCCAAAGCUUGACGAGUCCGUGUCUUGCGAGUAUAGAGAUUUACCCGAGCCGGUACGCAUCCCGGGUUGCAUACCGGUUCACGGGAAGGACUUGUUAGACCCGGUUCAAGACAGGAAGAAUGAUGCAUACAAAUGGGUCCUUCACCACGCAAAACGGUAUGGAUUGGCCGAGGGUAUUAUGGUCAAUAGCUUUAAGGAAUUGGAAGGUGGAGCCAUAAAGUCUUUGCAAGAGGAAGAACCUGGUAAGCCGCCCGUUUACCCGAUCGGGCCGCUUGUACGGAUGAGCGGGGCUGAUGACGGGUCGGAGAGUUUGAGAUGGUUGGAUGACCAGCCACGUGGCUCCGUCCUGUUCGUCUCCUUCGGCAGCGGUGGGACCCUCUCAUAUGAUCAGCUUAAUGAGUUAGCCUUGGGUUUGGAAAUGAGUGAUCAGAGAUUCUUGUGGGUUGUUAGGAGUCCAAAUGAUAAGGCAGCCAAUGCCUCAUACUUCAGCGUCAAUAGCCAAAAUGACCCUUUUGCCUUCUUACCAAAUGGGUUUUUGGAUAGGACCAAGGGGUUUGGUCUAGUGGUGCCAUCAUGGGCACCACAGGAUCAAAUUCUUAGUCACAGCUCGACCGGUGGAUUUCUCACUCACUGUGGUUGGAACUCAACACUUGAGAGUGUGGUCAAUGGCGUUCCUUUAAUCGCUUGGCCUCUUCACGCGGAGCAAAAGAUGAACGCCGUGAUGUUAAUCGAGGAUCUAAAAGUGGCAUUGAGGCCAAAGGCAGGUGAAAACGGAAUAAUUGGAGGAGCUGAGAUUGCCAAAGCCGUGAAGGGUUUGAUUGAAGGAGAAGAAGGGAAGCAAAUUCGCAAUCGAAUGAGAGGCCUAAAGGAUGCUGCUGCAAAGGUGCUUGGCGAAGAUGGGGAUUCGACGAAGUCUCUCGCUGAGUUGGCUCAGAAAUGGAAGACUAAGAUUAUUAAUUAGUUUAGUGUUCCUCUAAUAUGGUCACCCACCGCCCUCUCUUUUUUCUUCCCUGUGCCAUUUUAUAUUCUUGUGUUGUAUGUAUGGUUUAUACUAGGUUGUGUUUUUUUGUUUUUGACCGACAAAAAUCAGUAUUGUUAGAAGUUGAUGGUGUUGAAGUUGCAAUCGGUUUUGUAACUAGAUAGUGCAUAAAAAGGUUAUGAAAUUAUUGUUACAUAGUAGUA